AUGAUGUGGACUCUACAUGACGGCAUUGGAUUUGUUUUCUUCUCUGGGUUAUGUAUCCAGAUGGGGUUCACUCUUGAAGGGAGGUUUACGAAGAUACCCGCCAACAUAACCGCUAAAGAGGGACAGAACAUUGAGAUGGAGUGCGCUUUCCAAAGCGAGACUGCAUCCGUGUACUUGGAAAUUCAGUGGUGGUUCAUACGAGCGCCGGAGGAGCCAAGUGAGAGCGAGGAAGAGGAGGAGGAGAUGGCCACGGAGAUGGACCUCUUGCCAGAGAUCGAUCCAGAUGAUGAAGGAACAAAGAUAAGUACGGUGAAGGUGCAGGGCAACGACAUCUCCCACCAGCUGCAGCGAUUCCGGGUGGACAAGAGCGACGAGGGCCUGUACGAGUGCCGCGUCACCGAUGCCAACUACGGCGAGCUGCGGGAGUACAAGGUGCAAGGCUACCUGAAAGUCAACGCCACCGCGCGACCCCGCCCGCCCAGCAAGACCUCCCCCCUGCACCUGACCGACAAGAAGCCCAGGAAGGGGGGCUCGACGGCGGGCGGCGGGGGGCAGGACGGCGGCGGGGGCACAGGCUCGGACCAGAGCAAUCCAAACUCCCAGCAGUCCCCCUCCUCCUCGUCUAAAACAAUCCAUCACAACUCAGCUACAGGUACGAGGAUAUCCACGUGUCAUGGACUCUCCAUCCUGCUCCUCGCAAGUGGAUUUGUAAGGGGAGCUCUGCUAUAG